AUGGGUUCAUGUUUGUCGCGCAAGUCCAAAAAAAAUCAAGAGGAUGACGUGGGAGAGAUCAGAGAAGAUGACUUAAGGGGAAUCUUCCGAGAGUUCGAUUUGAAUGGAGACGGAUAUAUCCAGAAGAACGAGCUCAAGGCCGUAAUGACCAAGAUGGGACAGAGUCCCACUGAGGAAGAACUGAAUGCGAUGUUCAACACGGCUGACAAGGACAACGAUGGAAAUAUCGACUUUAAUGAAUUCCUCACAAUCGCCCGUGCUAAUCCGCUUUCGCUUUCCCUUCGAGCUGUUUUCGAAGAACUUGACGUGGAUGGAGACGGACACAUCACAAGGUACGAACUUUCCAAAACAGCCAUAGUAAUAUAAAAUUAUUGUAAUUACUCGGUUUAGGUCCGAAUUGAGAACGGCAUUCCAACGAAUGGGCCACAAUCUUACAGACCAAGAGAUCAAGGCCAUAUACAAACACGUAGACAUAAAUCACGAUGGAAAAAUAAACUUCCAAGGUAGGCACUAGCCCUCUUACAGUUAAAAGAGACCACCAGUUUCUGGACCGUCGUGUGUCGUGGCCAGAAACAGCGAUUUCUUGUCUGUUAGGCCUCUAGACAAGAAAUGCGCAAUUCUUGUCUCAAAUUGCGUAACAUUACGUAAAUUUCAGCUCCCUACCUGUGGAGAUUUUUUUCUGCAAGAAUUGCACAUUUCUUGUCUAGAGGCCUAACAGACAAGAAAUCGCGGUUUCUGGCCACGACACCCGAUUUUAUGCGUAUGUCACCAUCCUUACAUUAUGAAUCAGAGAAAUUUUGCGAAUUUUUUGAUAUAUGUCUCGACCUGUAACUUUCAGAAAUAUGACAGAAACUUUUUGCGAAUACCUUUGUGCUCUUUGCAGCUAUCCAAGAAGUUUAAAUUGAUUUCAAAAUUCGACGAUGGGCGAUUUUAGAAUAAAAAACAAUUUUUUCUUGCGUCGGCGGAGACAUUUGACGUCUUUUUUGAAAAUUACAUCGUUACAAAGCCCAGACAGCUUAACUACAGAUAAAGUUAGGGUUGUUGCAUCUGCUACGAUGUAAUCUGUUAGUCCCAGUAGAUUUGCUUUUUUCACACAUUGGCGAAGGCUCGGCGGAGACUUUUUUACCGACGGAGGCCGUUUCGGAGGGCGGAGCUUUUGCGAGUCGGAUGAAAAAAAUUUCUUUCGUCUGAUAAACUUCUUUGGUUUAUUUUGCACUGAUUACUCUUCCGGAGCAUGGGAAGCCAAUCAGACUUAAAAAAUCUGUCCUCUUUGAUAAAACAUUGAGUUUAGAACUUCUUUUGUCUCAUUCCACUUUUUGAUACUUCUCAAAAUUUUAAAAAUCCCUCCGCCGAAUCAUCCAUCAGUCCUUAAACAAAAUAAAAGAAAAAUUAGGACAAGAUAAAUGAGACUUUGAAGUGGUUAGCCAAAAGUUUCUCUACUUUUUUCCAAUCCGAUUCUCAAAAGCCAAGCCCUCAAGACGGUCUCCUCCGAGCCUUCGCCAAUGUGUGAAACAUCCGGAAAUCUACCGAGGCUAACGGAUUACAUCGUACUAGUCGAGGCAAAAAGUGCUGAUAAUUUUACACCAUGUGGAUUUGAACGUUUUGGGUCGUCGCUGCGAAAAUCGCGAAAAAAGGUGUUUUUCACGGUGCGUUUGGCCCAAAAACAUCUUUUGCACAGUGCAUUUUUGUUUCUCUUUGCUUUAUCAGUCUGUCGGGAAAAUAACGGCGGAUCGUCGCGCCUUGGAAUCGCCCAUCAUCGCUCUGCGACUGAAAGCCGCGGCUGGGGAUUUGGUGCGCGAUAGCGGCGAGGCGAGACGUUUUGCUGCGACAAUCCGCCGUUAUUUUCCCGACAGACUGAUACGUCGCGCGCGAUUCCCAUUUUUCGCAGCGAUAAAUCAUUUUUUUCAGAGUGCCACAAAAACCGCACGGUGCAAAAUUAUCAGGACUUUUUGUCUCGAUAAGUAGUUAAGCCGACGCAAAAAUUUUUUUUGCAUAUUCUAUAAUCGCCCAUCGUCGAAACUUCAAUUCAAAAAAAACUUCUUGGCGUGCCGCAACACGAUGAUCCAGAUUCUGGAGAAGUCUCUUUUUGAAACCUACCCUCUGCUUCGUUUUUUCUCGCAAAGUGUGUUUCAAUUAACAUAUCUUAUAGAAUUUUGCCAUAUGAUGACACGAAGGAAGUGA